GGAAGAGUUGGAUGUUGUCUGCCGGAAGAUGACCAAUUUUCUCGUCACAUUCAAAAUUUUCAAGGCAUAUUGAAGCUAAGAAAUACACCAUGUCUUUAUGGAAUUGGCAAUUUUGAUAUUGUUUUGUCAAAUCAAGAAAAUGGGCCAAUACAAACAGAUUCUCUACAUUUAUACUUCAAGCGUACUGCUAAAGAGUGUUUCCUUUGCUGGAAAGAAACACAAAAUGAUUCUGAAAAUCAGUUUAAACAUGCUUGGGGUGAAUUCAAUGUCCCUACACAAGUUAUGAAUUGUUUGACAUCAAAUGUGUUUGAUCUUACUUGGAGCAAUGAAAAGUUAUCUCAAGAGAAAGGAAUAGUAUUAAUUUAUCUGGGCUUCAAUGAAAAUGCCUUUCGAUCAUUGAAUUAUGCUUCUCAACCAGUGCAUUUUCGCUCUGGGAAAAAUAUGAAAACUGUCAUUAACUAUUUUUUUGACAUUCCUGUAGAAAAGUGUGAUGGGAGUGUUUCAGAGGAAACCCUUAAUCCUGAGCUUUUGCUCUCAUCUAUCCAGAAUUGCUAUCAACCAGAUAAAAGUUCAAGUGUGUCACAUGAAUUAUUAAUUCCUGAAUUGAGGCCAUACCAAAGUCAAGCUGUCGAUUGGAUGCUUAAUUGUGAAAAGAGUUCUAAUUCUCUUAAUCAAUUAGAAAUUCAUGAUCUUUACUGUGAAUUUAAAUCAAAAAACGGCCCAUCAAUUUAUUUCCAUAAAUAUGGUGGAUUUUUUGUGAAGGAAAAGUAUAGACCUGUGCCCAGAAGUAAAGGUGGCAUUUUAUGUGAUGAAAUGGGUCUAGGAAAAACCGUAGAAGUUAUAGCUUGUAUCUUAUUGAAUCCUCGCCCUUCAAUGAUUGUUGAAUCUGCAAGCAAAGAAUCAUUGGAUCAAAAUCGUAAAGUGGAAAAAUAUGAAGCUGCAAAUCACUCUUUUGAAUGCAUAUGUGGUUCAAAUUAUUCAGAGGAUAUAGAUGAGACUAUUCAGUGUUCUAAAUGUGGACUAUUGCAACACCCUGGUUGCAUUCUGAAUAAUCCUCUCACUGCUUGGGAUGAUUACGUUUGCCCAUACUGCUUAGUUAAUGACCCUAACAAAAUUUUGAAGUCUCGAGCUACAUUAAUUGUAUCACCAUCUGUCAUUUUACAUCAGUGGGAAGAGGAGAUUAAUAAACAUGUGAAAGAAGGUGGUGUGAAAGUUUAUGUGUAUUUAGGAGUGAAUCAGCAGAAAUUUAUUCAUCCAUCAGUUCUUGCAGAUAAUGACAUUGUUGUGACAGCUUAUGAAGUUUUCAAAUCAGAAAUUAAUUACCUAAAUUUGCCGCAUGGAGAUAACCAGCGUGCUCUUCGAAAUCCACAGAAAUAUCGCUGCAUUCCAUCUCCUUUGCUAAGUAUAGAAUGGUGGCGUAUAUGCCUUGAUGAAGCUCAAAUGGUCGAAAAUGUUUCGGCAAAAGUGUCUCAACUAGCCUGGCAACUGCAUUCUAUUAAUCGUUGGUGUAUAACAGGAACUCCAAUUCAGAAAUCAUUUCAAGAUUUAUAUGGAUUACUACUAUUUCUGGGCUAUGAUCCUUUCAAUGAGAAAAUUUGGUGGCAGGAACUGUUGUGGAAACCUUUUAUGAAUGGAUGUUCAGAUACGUUAAAGGCUGUCUUAAAUCAAGUUUUAUGGCGAACUAAGAAAACUCAAGUUAUGGAACAGAUUGGAAUUCCACCUGUUGAAACUGUUGUUCACAAUUUGCAAUUUUCUAUUGUGGAAAAAAUUUUUUAUGAAAAUAGUCGGGAAUAUAGAUUGAACGAAUUUCGGCAAUGUGUUGCUGAAUUUGGUUGUCAGGAUGAUAAAAUUGACUUUAUGGACAAAAGGUUAUUUUUUAAGCUGUUAGUUCCUUUAAAGAAACUACAAUUGUGUUGUGACUGGUUUGGGUCUCCUGACGAAAAACGAGUUACUAUUCCUGAACUCCAUGACCAUUUGAUAAGAACUUCCAGGCUUGAUUGUGAAGAAUGUCAUAGACAAUUAAUUGCAGCUUUGAAUGGUAAAUUAUCUUAAGUGCUUAGUUUUAGUACAUUUUAUGUGUCUAUAAUUUUGUGUGUUGAACCAAAAUAAAUUAUGAAGUUCUGUAGGUUU